CCUCUAUCAGCCAGCCUCGGCUUCCAGGGUCCGGGGACCAGGCCCUCCUCUCCUCUCCUACGAUCUGUCUCUCUCUCUCCAUCGUCUCCACCAGCGGCUAAUUCACGUCGUGGUAAUAUAUCACCUAGCUGAAAGCAAAUCUUCAUAGCAACGUAAUCAACUCUCUAUCUCUCCACAGUUUCUUCCUCUCAAAGCGACUAUUGGCAGUUUUUAGCUUCUCUCUCUCCGCUUUUUUUCAUUGUGUGAUUCAUCGAUCUGACGCAUUCUAUUACCAGGUGAAAAAUCAUGGUGGGAUUCAAAAAUAGAUACAUGGUAAUGGAAGUGUUUUUGGAUCCGAAUAGAGAUUUUGCAUUGGAUGAUCCUAUUAUUAUUACCCAGUUCAAUGUUUCAAAAGCAAUCAAAGACAGCAUCCUUGUCAACUUUGGGGAGUGUGGUCUAGCCUCAUCACUUGGGUCGUUUCAUGUCAAGUAUGUGAAUCCUAUCACAAAAUUAUGCAUCAUUAGAAUCUCGAGGGAGGAGUACCAGAAAGUUUGGUCUGCAAUUACUAUGGUCAGGAGAAUAGGAAAUUGCCCAGUGACUUUUAACUUGCUGGACCUAACAGGAAGUAUCAAGGCCUGUAGGAAUGCGGCUUUGAAGUGCGACAGGCUAAAAUUUGAGCAGUACAAGCUUGUGGCUGGAGCCCGCAUAACAGAGGAUGUUAACCAGCAAAUGCAGAACUGCUUAGAAAAGAUUAAAAUUUUGGAGCACUGAGUAUAUACAUGUUUGGUGGUUUAUUUUCAGCUAUUCUAGUUUUGGUGGGUGACAAGUUCUGUUGGAAUAAUCAUGCAAUUCGUAAUAUCUCUCUGUAAAUGUUGCUCAUCUUCUGAUAUUGGUGGUUUGUGUAUCAUUAAAGUCAAGACCCAGAACGAAAAUAUGGGAAAAACAUUCUGACUAUCUCUUUCCCAUCUUUACCUGCCUACGACCCCCUUUUCCUUUUAUGUCUUCAUUUGUUGUUGAUUGAUUUAUUGUUGGAA